UGAUUCUUUGUUGCUCAAGAAAGAACGUUCUUCUGGUGAAUCAGUGCGGAUUUAUCUUGCAGUCAUUCCUUCCGGGUUUUGCAAAGUUACCAGAUAUGGAUGAGAAACCCAACGUUCCCUUUUCUAAGCAGCUACGUAUAGCUACACGUGAUAUACAUAACGUGAGUGAUGCCCUCGUGAACGCCAAGCUUGCUUUCGCUCUCUACGAUAACAAAGUGUGGGCCGAAGGACUGCUCAUAUUCUACGACGUUUUUAAGCAUCUCGAGCAGCGUGUUCCACACGACUUUUUGCCGCCAGAGAUCCACCGAACCGCUCAAUUCCAGCAAGAUCUUCAAUAUUACCUCGGCGAUGGAUGGGAACAGCGACACACCCCGCGACCGGAAGUGCGCGCAUACCUACAGCAUCUCAACGAGAUCGAGGCCGAAAAUCCGAACCUGCUACUGGCGUACGUAUACCAUCUCUACAUGGGACUACUGUCGGGUGGACAGAUUUUACAGAAACGUCGUUCGCUUGGCAAACGGAUAAACCCAUUCCGCCGGGCUGCAGCGAAUGGUGAACGGUCGGUGCAGGGUGCAUCACUAACCACCUUCGAGGAUCACACGAUCUAUGAACUGAAGCAACGGUUGCGCAAAGUGGUCGAUGAGUUCGGGGCACGGCUAGACGACGAAACACGCCAACGUAUGCUGGACGAAAGUAGGAAGGUGUUUGAACUGAACAAUACCAUCAUCCGCACGGUGGAAGGCACCGGACGGGCGAACGUGCGCAUUCUUGGCUACAUCGGCGCUGCUAUCAUGGCACUCAUUGUGAUGCAAUAUAUUGUACGCAGAAGCACAGAAGAGUAGAGCAUAGCUCGAUAACGGUAUAGCACAAUAUUUUAUCAUAAAGAACGAUAUUAAAAUGAAGUCGAAUUUC